CUGAUAGGUGGCACCGAUUGGCAUUGAUAGGUGGCACUGACUGGCACUGAUGGGUGACAUUGAAAGGCAGCUCAGAUGGGCACUGAUAUGUGGCAUUGAUGUGCACUGGUAUGCACUGAUAUGUGGUAUUGAUGUGGCACUGAUGGGCACUGGCACGUGGCACUGAUGGGCACUGGCACUGAUGGGCACUGACAGGUGGCACUUCUGGGGUCACACUGACAUCAGGGCACACUGAUCAUCACUGUCAGCGUGACAGCUCGAGAGGAGAGAAAUGCCAAUAACCGGCAUU